CGAAAUCCAGCGUGAGUGUGUGUGUGUCCGUGUGAGUGAGAAAGUGACGAAUUACUUUUCAUCAAAUGGGAAAUAAUUUAGGGUGAAAACACGUAUAUUUUCGGGAAGACAUACAAAUUACAGACGUGAUAACAUCUAGAAACAUCGGAGCAAAUUAAAUUAAACGAAAACACCGCAAAUACACCAUCGAAAUGGCGGAAGGCGGCAGCAAGCGCAUCAACGUGGUUGUAAAAACGCCAAAGGACAAGAAAACGGUCGAAGUUGACGAAGAUUCUGGAAUAAAAGAUUUCAAAAUUCUGGUUGCCCAAAAGUUUGAGGCGGAGCCCGAGCAGCUCGUGCUCAUUUUUGCCGGCAAAAUUAUGAAGGACACGGACAACCUUCAGAUGCACAACAUCAAGGACAACCUGACGGUGCAUCUGGUGAUUAAGGCGCCGACGCGCAACAACGAGCAGCCGGCCCGCCAGCCGGCUGACGUGCGUCAAACGCCCUUCGGCCUCAAUCAAUUCGGUGGCCUGGCCGGAAUGGAGGCACUUGGGGCCGGAUCGAACACGUUCAUGGAUCUGCAGGCGCGCAUGCAGAACGAGCUGCUCAACAACGGCGACAUGCUGCGCUCCCUGAUGGACAACCCGAUGGUGCAGCAGAUGAUGAACAACCCGGAGACCAUGCGUCAGCUUAUCACGUCCAAUCCGCAGAUGCAUGACCUGAUGCAGCGCAAUCCCGAGAUCUCGCACAUGCUUAACAAUCCGGACCUGCUGCGCCAGACGAUGGAGCUGGCCCGCAAUCCCUCGAUGCUGCAGGAGCUGAUGCGUUCGCACGACCGCGCCAUGUCGAACCUGGAGUCUGUGCCGGGCGGCUAUAGCGCCCUGCAGCGCAUCUACCGCGAUAUUCAGGAGCCAAUGAUGAACGCAGCCACGGAAUCCUUUGGUCGCAACCCCUUUGCCGGCCUGGUCGACGGCGGCGGUUCGGGAGUCAACAACCCGCAGCAGGGCACCGAGAACCGCAAUCCCCUGCCGAAUCCGUGGGGCGGUGCCAAUUCGGGAACCAAUGGAACAGUAGGUGGCUCCGGCGCCGGCAAUCCGACGGGGGAUCUGCCGCCGAACAAUGUGCUCAACACGCCGGCCAUGCGAAGCCUGCUCCAGCAGAUGGCCGACAACCCAGCCAUGAUGCAGAACCUGCUGAACGCGCCGUACACGCGUUCCAUGAUGGAGUCCAUGUCUCAGGACCCGGACAUGGCCUCGCGCUUGCUGAGCACCAGUCCGCUCAUGUCUAACAAUCCCGCCCUGCAGGAGCAGGUGCGUCAGAUGAUGCCGCAGUUUAUGGCCCAAAUGCAGAACCCCGAGGUGAUGAACAUGCUGACCAACCCGGACGCAAUGAACGCCAUCCUGCAGAUCCAGCAGGGCAUGGAGCAGCUGCGCAGCGCAGCCCCAGGUCUCGUUGGCACCCUGGGCAUUCCACCGCCACCACCGGGCGCCGGCACCGGAACGAAUCCAGCCAGCGGCGAUGGGAGCGGAGGCAACAGCGGUUCCAGCACCAACAAUGUCUCGCCGAGCAGCGGCCUCAACGCCGGCACCGGCGCUCCAAACCUGGCUCCGGGCGGUGGACCCAACGCGCAGCUCUUCAACGACUUCAUGAUGCGCAUGCUCAACGGGAUGUCGAACAACGCGGACAACACACAGCCGCCGGAGGUGCGCUACCAGUCGCAGCUGGAGCAGCUGAACGCCAUGGGCUUUGUCAACCGUGAUGCCAACUUGCAGGCUCUGAUCGCCACCUUUGGGGACAUCAAUGCGGCGGUGGAGCGACUGCUGUCCCUCAACCAGUUGUCCUUGAGUUAACAAGGCUAAGCCAUAACCAAACUGUACACAAUCUGUCUAUAUAUCUACGAACUACAACUAUAUAUACCACUACAACCCUGGAGAACGCGAAUGAGAAUACGACAAGAUAGGAGGACAGGUCCUAAACCCAAACACACACCCUCCGCCCAAAAAUUCCACGGUCAGCGCUGCUGAUCGCUUGUUUCCCCAUCAAGCCGGAAAUGUCAUACCCACAUGCCAACAUACCAACACCCUCAACACAGAAACAGGUGGCCCCACACGAGCAUAGGAGCCUCAAGAUCGCAGAGAUACUAGAGAUAAAUGGAUGAUUUGACGCCGGUGAGAAUGUUAGGUAGGGAUCGCAUACCAAAGUGUCAGCACUUUCGUAGUUGAUAUCAGUUUUUUUUUUAAUAAUUUACACUUCGUGAGCUCGGAAAAUCCUUGAAGCGAAAAUGCUUUAACCGAACGGCAACUUGCACGCCCAAUCACUUCAUACACACUUCAAGCGAAAUAACGCAUUUUCCUAUCGGAGAACUUCGUUGAUUUUCAAUAAAAUAAACGGGCACGUGCUCUUUUGUCAUUAGUAAUGUAAUAACUAUUUUGUCGCCAACACAUGUGAAUUCCAGUUUUGUGCUUAAAAAAAAAGAAUCGGUACGGAGAUGAGAGGCGUAGUAUGUGUCCUGUGUUCUGGUCAGGCAGUUUAGUUUUAGUCGGGUGCUAGUAGGCUACAGCCGCAGUCCUUCUCCAUUUCUCGCGAUCCGAAGACGUUCUGGAAAUUGCAAACAGCUGCAAACGGGACAAACGUACAGUAGAUAUCGGCUAUAUGCAAAGACAUUGUCUUGGGAAUGCUGGCCAAUGCAUACGAGCAAUACAAGUAGUCAAUCAAAAUGGUUAUCGAUUCGUUAAUAUAAGAGCAAUAUCCAAGCGUUAUUUAUCCCACGUCCCGUUCAGAGGAAUACAAAUGUAAAAAGUUGUUGCACACAAGCGAUUUGCAUGCUAACGAUAUCUACUGUAAGUUAAUGUGUGUAUAUAGGUAUAUAUAUAUAUACAUAUAUAUAUAUAUCAAAAUAUUCCAUGGUGUUAACAAAAGACGUAAAACAAUAAAACAAAAAAAAAACUCCUUAGUAAAGAGAGGAAGCCCCAACAAUAAGUUGUAAUGUAAUUUACUCUAAGCUUUCGUAUAUAAAACCUAUAACCGACCAUUUGGGUUCCCAUUUCCGAUUAAUUACACACACUUUCGAAAAGCUUUCCUUCGCGCGCUCGCCGUUUAUAUAAGAUAUGGAUUCAGUGUAUACCCUGUAAGUGCUACCCCCACAUAGCCUCGCUCGUCCGCUGGGCCGAAUUCAUCGUGGGAUUGGCUGGCCGGCCGGCUGGCUGGCUGGCUGGCCGGGUGGUUGGUUGGAUAGCUGGGCUAGUGGACUAGUGGAACUACGUUUAUUUGUUUAGUGAAGAAAGUGAGGCAAAGUAAUUAAAUGUAAAUGAUCACAUGUUUGAAAACGUAAUAAAGCUACUUUGGUUUUAGAUUAUA